AUGAUUAUUGCCCCAAUAAUUAUUGCAAUUUCAAUUAUUGGUGAUUUACUAACAAUAAUUACUUUAAAUCAUCCUACAAUGAAAAGAAAAAAAGAUAUUUAUAUUUUCUUGUCUUUUUUGGCACUUACCGAUUUGUUUGCCCAAUUAUCUGUUAUUCCCCCAAUUCUUUGGAUUCUCGAUUUUCGACAUUGUUCACAAUUAGCAGCUUUUUAUUAUGCACAUAUAGCUUUUCCUCUCUCAAAUGCUUUAAUGGGUGCAAGUGUUUGGGUGGUUAUAUUAAUGACUUUAUAUCAAUUUAAAGCUGUUUGUUAUCCUUUACAUUCACAAUCGCGAAGUAUCCAAACACAACGAAAAUUUAUUUAUUUACUGUUCCUAGCCAUUUAUUUCUGUAAUUUUUGUAUUUAUGCCCCCUGGUCUCAAAAGAAAAUUGUAUACGAGGCAAGUGUUUUACGUUGUCCUUUUCUUGUUUGUGAUCGUUCAAUAGAUACUCCUUUAUAUGGAAUGUAUGAAUGGUUCAGAGAAUUUUUAACGAGAUUUUUCCCGUUCUUUCUUCUUGCUUAUUUUAAUAUUAAUAUUUUGGUUACUUACAGAAACACUAAAAGAAAUAGAAUGAGUCUUUCAAGUCCUUCAAUUCAAAAGAAGGCGUUGGUAGAGAAAGGCGAAAAGGUAAUUAAUUAUUAA